AUGGCGGAGAAAGAGAAGAAGGGCCUAGCGACGGAGAUCCAUCCCGCGCUCCGGUCAUCCAACCUGAACUUGUUGCGCUCAAAGCGCGAGAACCCAUAUCUAUCAUCUGAUGCGCCGCGCCAGCGCCAACCUAAGCGCAGACAACCCCUGGCCUUCUAUAAGCCCGGUGAGAUCAGCCAGAGAGCAGAAGAGGAGAGGCAGCGACGUGCGCGAGAACUGGAGGAGCAGCAGCUGCUGCUGCGGAAACAGGAGGAAGAAGAACACAUUCGCCGCGAGAAGAUCGCUGCGGCAGAGCUGCCUGACGACGAUGAGACAUGCUACUUUGACGCAAUUUCGGCUCUGCCGAGUAUCGAGUGGUGGGACACCAAGUUCUGCGACGGCUCCCAGCCCGCGGCGCACGCAAAGUACACUGCAUCGUACGCAGAUCUCGAGGAUGACAGCGACUGCAGCGACGAUGAGCAGGAAGACGAACGUCCGAGCAUCCGCUUCGUCAAGCAUCCACUGCCGUUUCAGCCCUCGGUCACGGCUGCCGCUACCAUCGUGCCCAAGAUAUACCUCACAAAGCACGAGCAGCGCAAGGUGCGCCGCAACCAGCGCAAAACGGCCCGCCAGAUGGCCGAGGAGCGCAUCAGGCUCGGACUGGAGCCCCGCCCUCCGCCCAAGGUCCGUCUCAACAACAUGAUGCACGUCUACGACAGUAACACCAAGAUCCAAGACCCUACUGCAUGGGAGCACACUGUGCGUGAGCAGAUAGAGCAGCGCCGUCAGCAGCAUCUGCGUACGAAUGAGGAGCGCCGGCUCGAGGCCCGCGCACAGCGCGCCGCACAACCAGCGCCCGCGCCAGACCCGGGCCAGGACAUCUGCCGCGUCUACUCCCUGCCACCCCUUGCAGACCCCAAGGCCCGCUACAAACUAGUCACCAACGCGCGCCAGCUGCACCUCCGUGGCUGCUGCCUACACGUCCCCGACGGGCCCGCGCUCGUCGUGGCCAUCGGGCCGCCCCGCGCCUGCACCUUCUACGACCGACUGCUCACCCGUCGCCUCGCUUGGCAUGCCUCCGCCCCGGCGCUGCUGUGGACUGGCGCCGCCGCAGGCCACACCUUCCGCGGCUGGUUCAUGAAGCAGUGCGCUGAGCCCGCAGACCUGCGCCGCAUCCUGCUCGCCGCCGGCGGCCCGCUCUUCGCGCACACCCCACUGCCCUCGUAG